CCGGAUGAUGCCGUGGCCCUUUCCGCACAGUAAACGUUGGUUUGCGGUGUGAGAGUUGAUGCCGUCUCUCUCUUUCUCCGGUAAAAUUCAAGGUCCUGUGUGUUUCGGGGCCGCGCUUGGCUGCUACUUCCUCGCUGCCAACAGAAAUAGUGCUUUCCACCUUGUCCGAUUGUCUUUUUAAUGCAGCUCUUUAUGCGGAGUCGCCAACACAUUCGUCGCUACUGCUACCGUCCACGUCUCCACUUGUUUCCUCAGGAGGUUUGGAUUCCAAUGGGAGAGUGUCAAUUAUAUGCCGUUCUCGGCAUUUGAGGAGGACUUGAGGAGGUGGAGAGGUUAGGAGACCAAUUAUUGUAAUCGUAGUGUUUGGAAUUGUUGAGCGUGUGGAGUAGCGAGGUGGUGUUUUGGUUGUAGUUUUGAGAGAGGAAGGAAAGUUUUCGAGGUGGAAGAAUCGGCGCUGAGGACAAGGGACUUUGAGGGGUGUUGAGGUUGGCCUUACGCAGGAUUCAAAGGUGUCUUCCAAUAUUUGCCUUGGGGUUCUCAACUCUCACAGUGCACGAGAACAGGAUUUCCCCCUCAAUCCGCCUCUUGAUGGGGUUCUGAUCACCAAAUGGGACUUCUGCUCGGCUGUUUUUUCCGCGUUCAAUUUGAUGAUGCAUCGAAAGUUAGAACGGAACCUGUUUCCUACCGUGGAAUCAGAAUGAGUCGAAUUCUUUCUCCGUUCUUCGUCGAUGCGCAGAUGGCAACAUUGCUUCGAAUCCUCUCUAAUUAAGAACACCUGUGCCAGAGAGCUCUGCUUGCGUAUUAGCGGCGCAAUGUUGUGUUGGCCAUUCAUGGCGGUCUGGAACAUAUGAAAAAAAUUCUGAGGAUAUAAGCAGGCAUUGUGCCAGGUAAGCCAGGUUACAAAUGCUGUAAUUGGUAUAUUUUCUUACAGCUCAAGAACUGUUGAGGUGCAUGUUGAUUGUUCUCUUAUAUUGGUAAAGGACACCACACACUGUUCUGCCGCUGCAAGCCAAUCAAACUAUCCAGGGGCGGUAAUGGGAUGGCGCCAUUCGAUCAAGAAUUAAUUUAGGUUACAGUGUAGCCUUCUUUUGAGUCUUACCAUUGAGAAGUUUUGAUAACCUCACAUAAAAACUCUUUUCUUUGUGCUUGUUACCCAUUCACGAGAUCGUCGUUUCGUAUCUGAGCUGGAAUCAGGAUGUCGCAGAACCUAUGCAAUUGAACCAAUGCAGGAAAUCGAAUGUGCGUUGCCUCUGAUUCCUCUCUCUCCAUUAUUUAAUACUAUCAGGGUCCAGCAUUAUGAUGUCGAGGACAAUCAGAGUGGGCUUUCAUCGGAUCUUCAUUCUCAACGAUUCGCUUUGGAGCUAGAGGUGGCCAACUUGAAGGAGAAGCUAACAAAUGAGCUUUGGUUGCGGGAAGCUUUGAAGAGUGGUCUCGAAAGGUCUCCGGGCACUCUCCCCAAAUUUCCUGGAUAUGUUCCAGCUAAGACGAGAGAGCUACUAUUUGAAGUUGCUAUUUUGGAAGAGGAGAUUAUCUUCCUCGAGAAUCAUGCAGUAUCUCUGCGGCAGGAGCUGCAGGAUGACAAUGAACCUGGAUCCUUUAUAUCCUUUCCACCAGACAGUGAAAAUGAGAUAGUCACUGUUUGCAAGAAACCCAUUGUUUUGGAGAUUGAGAUUCCAGAAAUUGGAACAUCUGGACCACCGUCGACUUCUGAGCCAACAACACCGACGCUCACGGUAACGCCGUCGGUGACACCGUUUGCAACUCCUGAAUGGGGACCUUCUCCUUCUUCUUCUCCUUCAUUCAUGUUCGAUGAGAGCAUUCAGCUAUCUUCACUCGAACCUUCAACUUUUUCGUUACCCCUUUCCAUGAGUUCUAUUCUUGUCCAUGAUGAUGAGUCAGAUAGCGUACCUUGUCAGUUGAACGGAAAUAAAUUGAUCAGAAGAGGUCCCUCGCCGUCAGAGUCACUUCCUGCGAACUCCGAUGUACGACAUACUGUGGUUGGGAAGCCCUCCAAAAAGAAGGCAACCCACAAGAAGUCUGCAUCGCUCCCAUCAAUCGCCAGGAACGCAGGGAAUGAUGCUCCGAGGAAAUCUCUAACUGUGAAGGAUGUUAAGAGCAAGUCUCCACCGGCAGCCCCUCUAGUAGUUGAGAAAGUUUACAAUGGUUCCAAAAAAUCUCGGAGAAAGGAGAUUCACAGCCGUUCACCAUCGCUUGCUUCCUCGCAACUGGAGAAUAAAGAAAAGCCUUACUUCAGACGCUGUUCCAGUAAUAGAGAAAUGCGUGCUGAAUGUUUACCUGAAUCAACCCCGUCUCCAAUAUUUGAAGACGAGGCCAUGGCUUCUAUCAAGUGCACUGUGUCAACCAUGAUCGUAUCCGGAUCUCCUCCAUCGAAGUUUCACAAUUGUAGCAGCUCGCCGCUCACCCCUACUGUGCAGCAGGGAAAUCAGCUUCAGUUGGUGACGCCCUUCAAGUUACCUCCAACUGUGAAGAAGAAAAAUAUAAAGGAGUUGACUCUAAGUGAUGAACGACGUAGAACGCACGAUCUUGUCAUUACCAGGUCUCUGCCUCCCAUCAAACUAAUGAAGGCAUCGGACAAAAUAGUUGCAAAUCCUUCUAAGAGUUGUGUCCAACAUCGUCUAAUUGAAGAGAAUGUUUUUUCUGGAAAUGGUAAAGCAUGUGCCAAGACAAAACUCUCCACCACACCGACUAAGCAAGGAUCCAAAGUGAAGCCCGUUCAAGUCCAGGUACCCUCAUCUAAGAGUGGCGAUAACGAUCACCCAACUUCUCCACAUCAGGAGAAGGUCUAUCCGUCAAAUCAUCGGUCUGGAAGCCACAAUGUCGAUAAUGAUGAUAAGGAUGAUAAGGUGGAAAUGGCCUGUGGUCCAAUAUCGGACACCACUUGGCUAUCAGAAGAUCUGGUAAGAUUGUUUGGCUCAGUUUGCUGCAAAAUCCGCAAGCAUUCAUCAUCUUCGAACUCAGCAACUUCGAAGAUGGUUGUGAAGCCUCCUGCUUUGAUUGGAGGAUCUCGGAAGGUUUUCCCGUACGGAAGGAGUCAGAUUUGUGACAUUAGGAGUCAGGGGGCCCUACAAUUACUUCAAGAAUACUGUUCAGAUGACAGGGGGUUGUCAGGUUCUUAUGAUGUACGCAAGCAUCGAGCACUGGAUGUAGGGCCUCACCGCCAUCAUUACAAAGCACUCAAAACUACCUCUUGAGCAGAAAUUGAAGGCUUAGCUGUUGGAACUUGAAAGUGAGAUCUAGAUCUCUCAACCUUCACUCAUGAAAUGCGAUGUUAUUCUGUGCACAUCGGUGCUUUGAUCCACUAUCAUUACAUUCUACUCAACACGGAAAGAAGACGAGGGAUAAGUGGAAUCACAAGGAUGGAAAUUGGGAUUAAAUUGAGCAUACCGAUCUGCGCACAAAUUUUUGAAAGAAGUCUUUGUUGACCUGCGAAUGGUUAAAUCACGGGCUCCACAGUAGUAUGUGGAAGGAAUGCAUGAGCAGAAGUUUCACUUUAAGCAAUCCAGUUGCUCUCGCAAAUGUCUAAACUUGAUAUUUCCAUCGGUUAUGCUGUGUUCGAUUUGAAUCAGAUUUCUGUGCGUGGAUUGACGAUGGCGAGGCACGAUUGUGAGCUUCAGCGCUGGAUGUGAUGGAUCUUUAGGCUCCUCUGGGCUCGAUUUUUAUCUGCUGUAAUUCUUCGUUUUUUCUCAAAUUUUGAUUCCCUAGCCCCUACCAAUCCUCGUGAAUCAAAGCUUCUGUACACAUGUAUCAUACUCAUUUCACUUCAUUUACAAGGAGACUGACGUACUUUUCACUUCGCAAAUUUAGUAUCUGAGUCGGAUUUUGCAAAGUUCUAUGCCUUGUCGAAUCCCUAUGCUUUAGUAGAUUAUCAUACCGAAUGGAUCAUGGUGAUUUACACGAUGAAGUUAUCUUUGAGACCUUGCUGAUAAGUCGCUCUGAAGUCUGAUUAAAAAUUCACUUCAAAGAUCUUA